CAACAGGAUGCGAUUGAUCGUGCAAACGAAUACAAAGAUUUGAUUAACAGCAUCAAACUCGAUGAAAAAGCCUUGAAAAAAAUGCAAGAAAAGAGUAACACCUUGCCAAAGUUACAGCAAAAAACUAUUUCAUCAUCUACGAAUAUUGCACCACAACCUAAGUUAACAUCACCGACAGAAAAUGAUAAUCUUCAAUCCACGUCUCCGAGUGCAGUUUUGUCGGAAAAUUCUUUGACAAAAAAUGAUGUGGAGUGGUUAUUGGCAGCUAUGAACGAAAUACACGAUGCAGUAGAUCAUAUUGAAGUUCAAUACGUGGGUGAUUUGGUGGUUCCUUUGGCGUGGACCGCAUCAUCGCCUGUCCAUCCUGUUCACGGAUAA